AAAAGAUUUUCAAGACCUAAUGCCAACUCCAUUGUGGCUUAUCUUAUUCUUUCACAAUCGAACAAUCAAGCUACUGCAAAUAUUGUACAGAAACGAAUGGUAAAUAAAUAAUAAUUAAAUGUUCCAACAGUGCACCAGAGCUUCCCAUACAGACACACAUUGUGGUGUUAAAAAUAUCUGUUGGUGAUAUGGAGCAAUUAAAAUAGAGUGAUGGAGGCGGCUGAAAAAGUGACCGAGAUGGAGGCAAAAAAAAUGUGAAUGACCUAAGAAACCUUAUAAAACCAGUGCUAAGGGACUCAUUGCGUCUCCUGCCCAUUCUCUUGAAUCCAGUGGGUGAUUUUGGCAGGAGAAGAGAAAAUUUACGCACUUUCUAUUUCGCGGAGAAGGUGAACUUUUUUUUUUGGGGAAGAGUGCUAUGGGAUGAAGAAUGGCGGGAAAGUCGAUGGACCACGUGGAUAGAGAGCUGACGAGUGCUUCUGAGUUGCUUCUGUAUCAGUGAGAGUGAGUGGAGCUUUCUCUCCACUACUGUGUGCUAUAAGUUGUGGGAGCCAACAAAGACAGGGCGACGUGGAAGGAAACAGAGAAAUCAGCUGUUGGGGCUUCGGAAUCUGGCCCGAAUGCUUGUCUCGAGGAGGGGGGCGCAUAUGCAGCGAAAGAUUCCGGACCGAAGACGAUGGUUAUGGGUUCAGGAAACGGAGUUACAAGCCACAGACUUCAGUCAGAGUCGGGCAUUCGAGCUUUUGAGUUCACCAAAUACCAUUCAGAGAGAAAAGCCAAUAUUUAGCAACUUUUAGUGUUGUGUUCCAGUCUCACUUUAGCACCUUCUUCCUUCUAUAUUCACAUUUUUCACUCAUCACAACUGGAAAUUUUAACACAGAAAACCACAGUUGACUUUUGUUAAAUAAAUUUCAACUUUUUUUUCUACUCCCUGCCACUUUUGUGAUAAAUUGAUAAAGAGUUGUGCUUUAGCUGGAGCUGAGAGAGAAAAAGUGUUUAAAAUUAGCAUCGCAAAAUUCACAAUUGAGAAAGGAAAGAGAGUUAUAUCAGCAAAUCUCAUACGGUGAAAGUGAUUUGAGAAUCUGGCGAAGAAAACGGCUAGAAAGAUUCCCAGCAAAAAAGCCAGGCAUUUAAUAAAGAAAGUAACGGUGUGGAGAGUCAAAGUGCGUGAAGUGAGAUAUCCUGAAGGACAUUUAAGGACACGAGACAAACGACUCUUUGUGCAAAAUAUCCACAUCCAGCAUCCAACAUGGCAUUGAGAGUGGUUGGUUUAUUGAUUCGUCAGAAAGUUUCAUCUCUUGCGAGUAAAGCGCCAUCGCGCAUGUUCAGCUCAUCCCCGAGAGCUAUGUCCAGUGUCCUGGCCAAUUCUCCCAAUGCUGAUUUUAACAAAAAACUCAUGGACCGAUACUCACGCCUCAAACUGAAUCCUAAUGUGAUCCAGGCCACGUAUGUCUGGAUUGAUGGAACAGGUGAAAAUGUGCGUUCCAAGACCCGCACCCUUCUUAAGAAACCCGAGUCUCCUGCUGAGGUUCCCAAAUGGAGCUACGACGGAAGUUCCACAUAUCAAGCUCUGGGUGGAAAUUCUGACACUACCCUUGUUCCACGGGCAAUCUACCGGGACCCUACUAAAUUCGGCGAAAACGAUAUUAUCGUUAUGUGCGAUACAUACAAGCCAGAUGGCGAUCCCUGCGACACCAACCAUCGUUGUGCUAUGCAGCAUACUAUGGACAAGAUCAAGGACCAGGAGCCAUGGUUUGGUAUUGAGCAGGAGUACACUUUUCUAGACUUUGACAAUCGUCCUCUAGGAUGGCCAGCUCAUGGAUUUCCCGGACCUCAGGGUCCGUACUACUGUGGUGUUGGUGCUGAUCGAGUGAUAGCCAGGGACAUUGUUGAGGCUCAUGCUGUAGCCUGUAUUUAUGCUGGAAUUGACUUUGCCGGCACCAAUGCUGAGGUCAUGCCAGCUCAGUGGGAGUAUCAAGUUGGACCCAGCUUGGGUAUGAAAUGUGCUGAUGAUCUGUGGGUGUCGCGGUAUUUGCUGUGGCGCGUUGCUGAGGACUACGGUGUAGUUGUGACUUUUGAUCCUAAACCCAUGGAUGGGCCAUGGAAUGGAGCUGGAGCCCAUACGAACUUCUCCACGCGCGCCAUGAGGGAAGAUGGAGGACUAAAAGAGAUUGAGAAGGCCAUUGAGCGUCUGUCGAAGAAACAGGAUCAUCAUAUUCGCUGCUACGAUCCCCAUGGCGGGAAGGACAAUGAGCGUCGACUUAUUGGGCGCCUUGAGACAUCGUCGAUUAAGAAGUUCUCCUGGGGAGUCGCCGACCGUGGCGUCAGUGUCCGAAUUCCACGAGGUGUCGCUGAUGCUGGCAAAGGAUAUUUGGAGGAUCGCAGACCUAGCUCAAAUUGCGAUCCUUACGCCGUCUGCAAUGCCAUCCUCGACACUUGCUGUGUCUAAAUGUUGUUAAGAAGCUCCCAAAUUCGUGUUUCUCCAUUUUGGCGCCAAAAUUCUAACUCCUUGCAAACUGGUUGUUAAAUUCGGUCAAAUUAGUAAUAUCAAUGUAACAAGUAUAUCCUAUCUUAUAUCAAUUAAAAACGUAAUUAUAUCGAUGUGACUGGUUGAGACAUAUUGGAAAAAAAUUAGAAUUAUUUCUUAAACUUUAGUUUGAAGACAUAUCGAUGAAGAAAUUGGUGAGACAAAGUGCUAUAACUAUAUUGAUGUUUUAUUUAGAGACAUUUGUGUAGUUUAAAAAUAUUACAGUGGGAAGACAUUAUCUGACGAGGACGAAGAAGAAGUGUUAGUUAUUCAAUUGAGUUUAUAAGGUAAUUUUCUGUAUAAAAAUAAAAUUGUUUCUUGUUCACUAAAUUUAAACCCAAAAAAAAACUACUUUUCUAAAAAAGCAAAAUGUGCAUUUAGGUUUACAAAUAAAUUUUUUACAUUUUAGUUAAGAUGCUCGUAAAAAUGUAUAAUGUGAUUUUCUCUAAGAAAACCAUUACGAAGAUUUAGAAGAAAAAAAACUGAGACACGCGCAAGAAAAAGUAACCGAAAAAAAGGUUUUUGCGUGAUGAGAGUGCGGGAAGAAAAAUCAAAAAAUAGAUGUGGACUCAAAUUUUACUAGUUUAAUUCUUUAUGAUUAAAUUUUGUUAAUUUAAAUGGAAGAUAUAUUUCUGUCAUUUCAUAAAUUGUAAGGUAUCAGUAUUUAGUUUUCUAAAAAAAAAGGACAAAAAAUGUUGAAUCGAAUAGGAAUUAUAUAAAAAAACAGCUCUUUGUUAGACUAAAAAAAAUAUAAAGAAUCAAGAUGAUGUGCAAAAAAUCUUUGUCUAUAAGUUAAAUAUAUAUUUUGUAAAUAUA